AUGGCAGCAGUUCCCGCCUCCCGCAUCGCUCAAUUGCCCGGUUACGACACCGCUCCGGACGUCUACGAAACACCCGACCUCAACGACGACUCCACCACCGUCGCAACGUCUCAAACCUCACCCCGUUCCGCAGAACCCUCGGACACAAGCUCCGAGGAAGAAGACGAAGAAGACGAUGCCAAUGACGACGACGACGACGAAAGUUUCGGCGUCAGUCGGCGACGGUUACAUCCCGAACGCGCGCGGAGUGUCUUUGGAGGCGUGCAGACGGGUGUCAAGGGCGCUGAUCUGAGCGAUCGGGUGGAUGGGCGGAGGAGGGGAUAUCGAGUGACGAAGAAAGGCAAGGAGGGAGAAGAAGAAGAGGGGUUGGAGGGGAGGAUUGCGCGGUUGAGGAGGGAGGUGGAGGAGUGUAGGGUUCUUGCUGCUGCUGCGGAGGCGGCGGCGGAUGGGGAGGAAGAUGGUGAUGUCGACGAGGAGGAGGGGAAGGGAGUGGAAGCUCUCAGUAGAUUGUUGGCUGGGAUCGAAGUCCCGGCUAGCUCGCGCAGGAGGAAGAGUAAAGGAGGCAGGAAGAAGCAGAUUUCCCACGACGCGCAUGACACGGCCAAGGAGAGGCAACCGCCCGGGGAGGACGAGGACGAGGAAGAAGAAGAAGACCUCACAGACGAGCAAACCCUAAGCCGAAUCUCCGCCUUCGACACCCGUCUCGCAGCCCUCGAAGCGGCCCUCGGCCUGUCCUCCUUACCAUCCGACUCCACGACCGCAACGGAAACCCUCCCGCUCCUCCCCUCUCUCCACCUCCUCGACUCCCAACUCGCAACCCUCAACACCGCCACCUCCCUCGCAUCCCUAGAAUCCGUCUCCUCUCGCAUCGCAAAGCUCAAAGCAGAAGCCCAGCAACUCUCCCAAUACGAUCGGGACGAUGGAGAAGAACCCGAAGACGACGACGGCCCAUCGGCGGCGGCGCCGCUCACACCCGAAGACUGGAAACAUCUGCAAUCCCUCUAUGCUCUCCUUCCGACCCUGCAAUCUCUCGCGCCUACCGUUCCGGCUCUCAUCACCCGCCUCCGCUCGCUUCGAACGCUGCAUACGACUGCUGCCGGCGCCGCGGGAGAUCUCGAUUCGAUUGAGCAACGCCAAGCGGAAAUGGAUCGGGAAUUGAAAAUGUGGAAAGAAGGGUUGGAGAGAGUCGAAGCGGCGGUUAAAGAAGCCGACUUGCACAAUGGACGGAACGGAGCUAUGGUGCAGGGAUGGGUGAAGGAUUUGGAGAAGAGGAUGGAGGCGCUGGGACGGUGA